CGCCGCGCUCUCUCCUCGCGGCCGGCGCGGCGUGUCCCGCGUGUCCCGCGGCCGCCGGCGCUUCCCGAGCCUCUCCCGCCGAGCCCGGCCCGGCCCGGCCCGCGCCAUGGCCGCCUACAAGCCAGUGGUGGUGCAGGCGUGCCCCAGGCUCGGGGAGAGGAUCACGCAGGACACGCUGUACUGGCGGGGAUACAAGACACCUGUUCAGAUAAAGGAAUUCGGCGCAGUGAAUAAAAUUGACUUCUCCCCAGUCCCGCCGUAUAACUACGCUGUCACCGCAUCCUCGAGGGUGAGUGGCUUUCCUGGGGCUCUUGCGCUGUUGUUGCCCGGCUGGCGGCACAGCGGGAGCUGCAGUGCCCUCCUCUUUCGGCAGGUCCACGUCUACGGCCGCUACUCGCAGGAGCCCAUCAAGACCUUCUCGCGCUUCCGCGCCGCGGCGUACGGUGCCACGUACCGGGACGACGGGCGCCUGCUGGCCGCCGGCAGCGAGGACGGCAGCGUCUCCCUGUUCGACAUCGGCGGCAAGGCGCCGCUGCGGCAGUUCGAGGGGCACGCCAAGCCAGUUCAUCUGGUGGGAUUCCUGUCUGAUAAAUACCGAGUAUUUUCCGGUGGUGAUGAUUAUUCAUCAAAGUUGUGGGAUAUUCCGAGUGCCACAGAAAUCAUCUCUUACAGUGAACAUACUGACUAUGUGAGAUGCGGCUGUGCAAGUAAAGUGAAUGCAGAUGUCUUCAUAACAGGUUCCUAUGAUCACACUGUGAAACUGUUUGAUGCACGAACAAAGAGCAGUGUCAUGACGAUAGAACAUGGCCAUCCUGUGGAGAGUGUGCUUCUCUUUCCAUCUGGUGGACUUCUGGUAUCUGCAGGAGGUCGGUAUGUCAAAGUUUGGGAUGUACUAAAAGGUGGACAGUUACUAGUUUCACUUAAAAAUCACCAUAAAACUGUGACUUGUUUGUGCCUGAACAGCUCUGGACAAAGAUUAUUGUCAGGAUCCCUUGAUAGGCAUGUGAAGAUUUACAGUACUACAUCCUACAAAGUGGUCCACAGCUUCAACUAUGCAACAUCCAUCCUCAGUCUUGCGUUGUCACCUGAAGAUGAAACCAUAGUUGUAGGCAUGACCAAUGGGGUGCUAAAUGUUAAACACAGAAAACCAGAAGAAAAGAAUGAAAACUCUCAAAAGAAGAGACAACCAGCAUAUAGAACCUAUGUGAAAGGAAAAACUUAUAUGCCAAAACAGGAAGAUUUCUGUGUCAGUAAACCUGUAAAACGUGUUUUGAGAAAAUACGAUAAGCUGCUGAGGAGCUUUCAGUCUUCCAAGGCUCUUGAUGCAGUGCUGGAGCCACCCAUCAUGCUUCAUACCCCUGAAGUCACGGUUGCAGUCAUGCAGGAACUACAUCGCAGAGGAACGCUGAGAAGUGCACUGGCAGGCCGAGACGAGAAGCAAGUUAAUCUCCUGCUUACCUUUGUGGCAAGGCGUGUGAUUGAGCCUAGAUUUACUCCUAUGCUGGUGACUGUUGCCGAUAUGAUCACUGACAUUUAUCAGCCUGUGGUCGGGCAGUCAUCAGUAGUUGAUAAACAGUUCUUGAAACUCCAGCAAGCUAUUGGAAAAGAAAUUGACUAUCAAGAAGAACUAUUAGAAGUUUUGGGAAUGAUGGAUACACUGUUUGCUACUUUUACUAAGAAAAGAGAUACAUGUCUAGAAGAGAACAAAAGUAAUGGUGUCACAGAGAUUAUUGAAACAAAUAGGAAUUACUGACACCCAUCUCAACAAAUUGUCAUAAUUGUGAACUUGAAAGACAUGCGUCUGGUAACUUCUUAUAACAGUGACUUUCAAAAUAA